AUGGUUACUUCCAACACCUCAAAAAAGUCAACGGUAACAUCUCAGCUCAGCGAGAGAAGGAAAAAGCGAGACUUACUCCUACUUUUUCCACCUCUAAAACCCAAACGAACCGAUUUCUCCCCACGCCGCAGACCUCGCUUGUAUCCGAGAACAUCGGCAGGGCACGGCACUUCACACACCCCUAUAACCCCUACACUUAAUUUCCUGCUCCCCUCAAGAGCGGCCACCGCGGUCCAGGGCGCGGGGCUCUUCCGAGACGCUUCACCUCCUUUACGGAACCCACCGGGCAGAGCACACGGGGCUCCGCGGAGCCGCUGUCACUGCGAACCCUCCGCAGCGCUCCGCCAGCAGCCCGCGCCCCGCCAUACCCUGCCCGCGGCCAGGCGCCGCUCCCCGCACACCGCCCAGGGGCUCCGGGAGCGGGAUAACGCCGCCCCUGCCUACGGCACCCCCGCCGCGGGGAGCGCCCAGCACAGCCCUUUACGUAAGGGGCCGGGGGUGCCCCGCGCCGUCCGGCACCGCCUCCGGCCGCCCCGCCGGGGGGAACGACAGCACCCCCACCGCCCCGGGAGGUGCCCCUGCUGCCCUGGGAGGCUCCCCCACCCCAGCCAGGCUCCCCACUCCCGCCGCGCCGGCUCCCCCGCCCGCCCUUACCGUGCCGCUCCAGCCGCUGCCGGCGCGGGUCGGCCCGCGGGCGGUGCGCGGCGCUGUCCCGCGCUGUCCCGCGCUAUCCCGCGGAGCCGCGGCAGGGCGCCGCCACCCCACCCAUGGUCUCCACCCCCCGCGGAGCCGGAGUGUGCGCGGCGGGCGCCGCUCCCGGGCUUUUCUGCGGCGGGGGCGGAGGAGGAGGGCGGGCGGGGGCGGGCGCCAUUAAGCCACCGCCCCCCGCCACCGCCCGCUUUGAAGCGGCCGCGCUACGCCAGGCACAGCGGCGCCCCCUGGCGGCGGCGAGCGCGGGGAUCCCGGGAUUUCCUGCUUGGCAGCGCCAGGCGGGCUGAGGGCGCCGUGCCGAGCCCCGCCGUGCCGAGCCCCGCCGUGCCGAGCCCCGCCGUGCCGAGCCCCGCCGUGCCGAGCCCCGCCGGCGGUUUUACUGGGGGGUUUUUAGUCUGUUGUAAGGAAUAUUACCUUGGGUUGCCCGAGCGUGACAGCCCCGGCCCAGCAGGUCCUUCGGCAGCCGGAGAGAGCAACGGCGGCUGGUGGUGCAGAGGGGGCGGGGGGUUUGUCCUGCCUGCCGGGGAAGGAAGGAGGGAAAAGCAUGGGAACCAUGACGGGCAGGGGUGUGCUGCUAGCGCUGUCUAUCCUUCCCUGUUGUUGGUGCAUGAACGGAUCAAGGGCCGGCGCUCCUCCGACAGGCACGGUGGGAGCCGCACGGAGCUGGGAGGCGAACGGGAGAUGCCUGGUGGAUUCACCGCGGCGCAGCUCAGCCCUCGCCCGGUCGCGGCGGGGGUGACAGAGCCCGGCAACAACCCGGUCACACACACCCAGCACAGCGGGCUCGGGGGUGACACACACACAAAACACAGCAGCCCCAGAUAUUUAUGGCUGGCUGUGUCUUUCGUAGCGGCUGUCAUCCAAACAGCACAAGGUAUUUGAACUGUCUUCUUCCCAGCACAGCUCAGUCCACUCAGGCUUGUAACAAACGCCUUUCAUCACAAGGAAAAUCACCACUAUUGUCCUCCAUUUCAGCCUAGAUGCUGUCCUUGGCACUGUGCAAGCGGCCCCCUGCUAAAUACGGACUGCAUCCUGAAUUACAGAUCUCUUGUGAAUGCAGACAUACAUUCUGCGAGUAUGGGUUACAUUACAAAAAAAAAAAAAAGCAAACAAACAAAAAAAACCCCAACCAAACUUAAGAAAAUAGAAACUUUUAUUGAAAUGUGCAA